GGAAGGCGAGUCAGGUCCCGCACGCCCGCCUCCCCCGCGGCCGCGUGACCAGACGCCCCCGCCCGGCCUUUUCGAGCAGUUUUGGUCCCUAUAUAAGGAGUGAAGUCGGGGCCCGUUGGGCUUUGGGUGUUAGCAUCGUCCUCGCGCGCGGCCCCGCCCCAGAUUUGGCAUUCUACACGGAGGUCAUCAUGAACUUGUUCCAAAUACUGAGGAAAAAGAAGGAACUUAUUCCUUUGGUGGUGAUCAUGACGGUGGCAGCGAGUGGAGCUUCGUCUUUUGCUGUAUAUUCCCUUAAAAAAACUGAUGUGAUCAUUGAUCGAAAAAGAAAUCCAGAACCUUGGGAAAAUGUGGAUCCUAAUGUACCUCGAAAGCUUAUAACCGUCAACCAAGAAUGGAAGCCAAUUGAAGAAUUGCAGAAAGUCCGAAGUGCAACCAAAUGACCAGUCCUCACCUCUUUCUUCCCAAGAGUGCUCUAUGAAUCUAGUGGAAACAAUUCUGCACAAACUAGAUUAUGGAUACCAGUGUGCAGAAAUGCUUCUGCUACAUUUUUAGGGCUUGCCUACAUUGUUGGACUCUGGAUAAGGAAUUCUGAAGUUAGUUCUGGAUAAGGAAUUAUGAAGUUAGUACAGCAAUAACCGCAUGGUCCAAAAAUGAGUUUGUUGUUGUAAUUUGAAUUUUCCAUAUUGAAAUGUUUAUGUUUAUAUGCUUGACUAUUUUCCUUAAAGUGCAUAGAGAUUUAUAAAUUAGAUUAUCUAUAAUAAACUACCAUUUGUGCAAGAUUUCUUAAAGAUUAGAUUCAUAUUUAAAUGGAGGAGAAAGUCUUUUUAUGGGAGAAAGACACAUUUUAAAGCACAGAGCUUCAUAUUUUAAUUAAUACUCAGUGCAAAUUUCUGUGUAAACUUUUCUUCCAAGUGUAUUCAUUCCCCAGAAAUUUAGUGAGUACCUGUUGUUAGGUAGGCACUGUUCGGAUACAGGUGAGAUGAAACAAAACCAAAUUUUGAAGGGGAAUGAAUGAAAGAUGGUAAGUACUGUGAGGACAGUGAAGAAGAGAUGGGGUGCUAGACUUGCUGAUUGCGGUGGUGAACAGGCAUAUGGGGCGUGCUGAGGCUGGCUCUGCAGAUGCCAGGGCUGACAGUCGUGCUCCUGUGAGGGAGGUGGAGAGCACCCUACACAAUCUGGGGUCCCUCUUCACUCUGGCCAGUGGUGACUUGGAGAUUGAAGGUGAAAUCAAAUGUGACAUGCCCCUGAGUUUCCCUUUAAUUGUUCUAGAAAAUUGCUUUUCCUUAACUUGUUUUAAAAAAUUGAGAUACAAUUCACAUACCGUGAAUUGCACAGUUCAGUGGUUUUUAGUGUAUUCCCUGAGUUUUACUGAACUGAACUGAAAGUACCUAGUUCAGUGGUUUUUAGUGUAUUCCCCGAGUUUUACAACCAUCUGCACCAUCUGUAAUAAUUGCAGAACACUUUCAUCACCCCGAAAAGAACCCUGUACCCAUUAGCAGCCAUUCCUCUUUCCUGACCCUUCUGCACCCAGCCUCAGACAAACACCAAUAAACUUUAUCUUUAUGGAUUUGCCUAUUC